CUGUCCAGCUCGUUAUUAUCUCUUACAAGGAGUGAGGACCGACCUCUACAUUCUCCCAUUGCACGGGAUAAGGCACGCGGAUCAUGGCUUUCCGAAAAAAGACUUUCAUCUUCGCGGGACUUUACGCGUUCCUCGCGAUGUGGCAAGUGUGGGCUCACGUUGACAUGGUCAUGAAGGACAGGGUGGAGGUGAAAAGCGGGAGCAGAGCAGAGAUCCCUUGCCGCUGUGUUGUUACCGGUCAGCCCGAUGUGGUGAUAGUGCAGUUGUUUGUGGUAACAAAAAAAAGUGGCAGCAGGCAGCGGAUCUACUACAGCGACGGCUCAGCCGAGACCAUGGAUAGCAGCACACAUUUUGAGGGCCGGAUCAGCGUCAAACGGUCCAGGACCGGCGAAGCCGCGAGCGGCUCAGCUCACAUCGAGGACAUCUUGCUGGUUGUGGACGACGUGCGACUGGACGAUCAAGGGGAAUACAUCUGCCAGGUCAACGCCAUGUCCGCUGGCAACAAGGAGGGCACAUCCCAGCUGAUGGUUUUUGUGUCUCCAGAGACUGUAGUCAUUCAGGGUGAAACCUCUGUCAACUCUGUCACCAAUAAACUGCCCUCUAAGAUUGCUGAGUGUGAAGCCCGGAACAGCUACCCCAAACCCACCAUCGUCUGGUACCGUGACCACACCCCUCUGCAGGAUGACGAAGACUUGGUCAUCAUAAGGCAUCGUGAGACACAGGAAUCCAGUGGUCUUUUCACCGUGCAGAGUGACCUGCAGCUAAAGGUGGUCAAAGAGGACAAGGAUGCCUCCUUCUACUGCGAGGUCAAUUACUUUGUUCCUGGUGGUAGGCAGAACAUGAAGGAGUCGGAGCGCAUCAACAUCACUGUGCACUAUCCACCUUCAAGUGUGUCGCUUGUCCAGAUCUCUCCAGAAGGCCUGGUGAAAGAGGGGGACACGGUGGAGAUCCAGUGCCGCUCUGAUGGGUAUCCUCCUCCAGAUAUCACCUUCAGGCGAGAGGGCAAAGAGGAAGAUUUAACCUCGGAUCUGGGCCUGCUGGCCUUACACGACGUGACUCGGGCAGACAGUGGCACAUAUCACUGUCACUCCCUGGAUUAUGCCAGUUUUGUGGAGGCGGAGGGAAAAAUUGAUCUCCAAGUACAACACCUCGAUCACGCUGUGAUGUACCCCAAAGACAUGGUUGUGGAACAAGGUGAGAACAUGACGGCCACUUGCAAUGCCCAAUCCUCCCUGCCUACCGAGACUGUGUGGUACAAGGAUGGCGUUCAGGUGGGCGAGGGGCACACGCUGGACCUGCAGAAUGCCACGUUCGACAGUGCCGGGGAGUACAUCUGCGAGAUCUCAGUGCCUUCUUUACCUGGCCUGCAGGUCACUGGUUCCACCCUCAUAAUAGUACAGGGAGCCCCAGAGAUCAGAGACCCCGAAGCCACAGUCAUGGAGGAGAGGGUGAAGAAGUCUGUGAACCUGAGUUGUGAGGCAUGGGGGUACCCCAAACCCACCAUCACCUGGAAGAAAACUGGUGGCCAGAACUGGCAGGAGGUGUCAAACAAAGAAACUCCAAAUGGUGCCCAGAGUGUGGUGACCUUCACAGUAACCUCUGACCUCACAGCUGCCUGCAAUGCAACCAAUGACAUCGGCACAGACACUAAAUUAUUCAACAUCAGAGCCAUUCCCCUGACCACCUCCAAAGCAGUAACCAAAUCACCAUAUCCGGAGAAGGUUAAAAAAGAGGGCAGUGGCGUGAUCAUUGCAGUCAUCAUCAUUUGCAUCCUCCUGCUGGCCAUCCUUGGCAGUGUGCUGUACUUCCUGUACAAGAAGGGAAAGCUCCCCUGUGGCCGCUCAGGGAAACAGAACAUUAGUUCAGAGAAGUCCAGUAAAGAUGACAUCAUUAUGGAGAUGAAGAGUGAAAAAAGUGAGGAAGCUGUGCUUCUACAGGGAGUCAAUGGGGAGAAAAAGGCCCUUAAUGACCAGUAAAGGGCGAGCAGUACAUGGAUGUGCAGAAGUGAGGAAGAUGAGUGGAAGCUGAUCCAGGUUCAUUUGCCUAGUAGGAUGAAGAACUUCCUGGGAUACUCCCCAUUGCCCAUUGCUUUUGUAUUUCUCUAGGGGUGUGGCAGUGCAGCUGCACACACAAACUCCCUGAAUACUCCACUGCAGGACUCAAGCAACGUUAGACAUCAAAGAUUCUUUUUCAUCAUUUAACCCUGAAUGCCAUAUCCGGCAUUAUAUGGUAAUGGUGGUCUGCCAUUAUCUGUAAAUAUUAUAUAUUAUUAUAUAUUAUAUAUAUAUUUACAGAUAAUAAUUUACAGAUAUAGUAUAUAUUUAGUUAUUUAAAAUAACCCAACAAAAAAACCCCUUUAAAAACACAUGCUUUAUCCAUAGCCAUUCUGAGUUUAUGUAUCUUUUCAGUUUUUUUUUCAUGACGUAUUAAACUCACCAGAGUGGUAGGUUUAGUUGGAUGUGAGGAAUGUGAGAGGUAUGUGGCAGGUGUGCGUGAGAUGCAUGGGUGUGAGGUGUGUGACGGACAUGUAAAAGGCGCGUGAGGCGCGUGUGAGGGCAUGUGGCGUGUAAGCCUGCACUCCCACACGCUCCGCAAGUCUCUACACUGAAACCCAGAGAGCCCCGUCAGGCACCACACAUCACAAACCAACAACCCUUACAUUUUACACACAGUCCAUUAAACUAGCAUCUGGAUGCGACAGAGCGUCUCUGGUGCAUUGGAGGUCACAGAGAUGACAUGGGAAAGUUGAAUGUUGUCGUGGUGUGAAAAUGACCAGCAUACUGUAGGACACUGGCUUUGCUUCGUAGUAUCUCCAUUGUGAAUGAGCACAGUAUAUCUGUUUGCCUGUGAUUAGAGGGGCUCUUUUUCAUAUGCAGACUGCAUUCUGAUUGACUGCAGACAGGCAAUGAGUGGCCCAGCAUGGGUCAGAUGUUUGCUGUGGGUUUUAGGCUUUUGCUGCAAUAUUUACUUUGUUACUCACAAAGUCUUUUUCUAGAAUAAACAAAUUGUUAAGCAGGUUUGUUUUUUUGGAAUCUCUUGUACCUACGAUGACAUUCAUGCGGUAUUCUUUCAGCUAACAAAUCAAAAUGAUGUAAGUUCAGCAGCCAUAAACAUGGUGGCAUCUCACUGCGCUUCUAAAGUAAAGGGACCCUUGAAUGCAGACUGGUUUGGGUGUGGUAGUGGUGGUUCUGGCUGAAUGCAGGUUUGGUUAGGUGUGGUAGUGAUGGUUUUGGGUGACUCCAGGCUGGGUUGGGUGUGGUAGUGGUGGUUCUUGGUGACUACAGGUUGGGUUUGGUGUGAUAGUGAUGGUUUUGGGUGAUUGCAGACUAGGUUGCGUGUGGUAGUGAUGGUUUUGGGUGACUGCAGGCUGGGUUGGGUGUGGUAGAGGCGGUUCUUGGUGACUGCAGGUUGGGUUGGGUGUGAUAGUGAUGGUUUUGGGUGACUGCAGGCUCGGUUGGGUGUGGUAGUGGUGGGUGUGGGGGUAUAUUGUGGUGGGAGGAGUCAUAGUUGUGGUUGGCGCAGUGGCUAGUUGGUGGUGGUCAGGUUUCACUGUCUAGUGCUGUGCAGUUUCUCUCCCAUCUUUGAGGUCCCAGGAUGUCACUGUCCAUUACACUCCCAAGCAGAUGGUCAGAGGACUGAAUCCCAUAACUCCACUGCAUUGGGGAGCCAAUCUAAACUCACAUCAAGUGAGUGAAUGAAGAACUCAAGUGUCCAGCUGUACAAAAGACCCACAAACACUGCAGCCCUCUAGCACCAGGGCCUGUGUGUGAAGCAGAUCCAGCAAAAUCCUCCAACACAGUAUGCGAGAUUUGUGCAGGGUAUGUACAGAGAGUGAGCUCUGUGUGGAAGGGUCUGUGCCGUCUUCUCAAACAGUUUCAAAGUCCCGCUGAAUUCAAGCAGCCAAUGGAAAAAUAUUAUCCUUCAUAAACUACUGUCAAGGUCUCCCACUGUCUGUAAGUAUCAGGGUAGAUAAUCACUGGAUAACUGUGGAUUCCAGUGUGAGGAGUGAGCUUUACCUUGCCUUUGUGAAAUGGCCGUACUACGUAGAAAGCACAAGGCUUGGGGACUUUCGCUUUGUCCAUUGUUUUUUUUUUCCCUCAUGAAAAAGUGAGGCGCACUGAAAUAUGUUUGGGUUGUUUAUAUUAAGCCUGUUUUAUGAACCUUGUUUGGUAUUACUGCAGAGUGGUUCUCUUACUGCAUGGUAGAAAAUACCACCAAACAUCACAUGGCAAAAGUUCUCCUAAGAAAAUAUUUCUGACAUUGUAUAUAUUUAGAGUUCAAUAAAACUGUAAAUCGGUAACACAAAUCAAGUCAUUCAGUGGUUAAGCCUCUGACAACGUUUCAUUUAUGUUUGUUGCCAAACUGCUUUCAAUCAACUGAUUCAUCUACAGUGAAAAUACAUCAGUUUAAAAUUGAGAAUCUGAAGUUGGUAGUAUUAGAGAUAUUUGUAUUCUUGCAGACCGAAGGGAUCAUUUGCACCAUUUUUAUGACCUUUUUUUUUUAUUUUUUACAAUUUGAAAAAGAUCAUUAUUUUUGUAUUACUUAGCGCGGUGUUGUGUGUAGCCCUCUCAGAUCGGUUAUUGGACAUAUUUGUGGCCUCAUACAUUUUUUAUUUAGAAGAAAAAUGGCAAAUUACAUAUAAGCAUCAGUGGGGAAAAUUAAGGGAGUAAGGGAGUAAGAAAUUCCUGUUGAUUAAAAAAAAAAAUGUAACUGCUAAAGCACACCAACCUCCUCCUACUGCCCAUAUUUAGUUGUUUUUCCCCGCUUUAGAUCAGGUUUUGAAAAUAUGUACCUGUAUAUGUGGGAAUGUUGUCUGAAUUAUUAUUUCUAAUGUUUUUGAUUUAGUGUGUAAAUUAAAUACUUGUAAACCGAUGCUUACAUUUUGUUUUCACAAUUCUUUUGGAAGUAAACUAUGCCAAAUAAAAAUGACUAUUCAACAGAAA